GAAAAUGAAUGAAACCAUUUAUAUAUUUCCUUGUGUUUUGAAGAUUUGCAAGGUUUCCUUCCGUUGCCCCCAAUGAAAUCAUAGAGAGAGAUAGAGUUGGAUAUUAAUCCAUUCUUCAUCUCUGGAAAAUGGGGACAAAGAGCAACUCCAAUUCCUCUUCUCAUUCUAAUAAAGCCAAUGACACCAACACGCGUCUUGUGUUGAAUGUGUACGAUCUCACCCCUCUCAACAAUUACUUAUAUUGGUUUGGAUUAGGAGUCUUCCACUCUGGCAUUGAAGUACAUGGUAAGGAGUAUGGAUUUGGAGCACAUGACUACUCAUCAAGUGGAGUAUUUCAAGUGGAGCCAAGGAAGUGCCCUGGAUUUAUGUACAGAUGUUCUAUCACUCUAGGUCAAGUAAAUAUGCAUCCUUCUGAGUUUCGAACAGUUGUCGAAAAUUUGGCUAGUGAGUAUCAUGGGGAUACCUAUCACCUAAUAUCUAAGAACUGCAAUCAUUUUACCAAUGAUGUCUCAUGCAGAUUAAUCGGAAAACGAAUACCAGGUUGGGUGAAUCGGCUUGCUAGGCUAGGCUCUUUGUGCAGCUGUCUACUUCCUGAAAGUGUUCAAGUAACUACAGUUAAACAAGUACCUGAGUACCAUGAGUGUUCAGAAGAUGAUGUUUCAGGGUCUCUUACUCCCACGAAUUGUGAAUUGGCAGAAUUAGAUGACGACCAUGAAAAGCGUCUUCUAUCGCCCCUGGCUGGAAAAGAUGAUGUUUCUUUUGUUAAAGAGACGCGAGUAAAAUGAAUCCAACGUGUUUCCUUUAGUAUUUUGUCCAUGGAUUUUCGCAAAAUUUCUUGGUUUUCAUUUGUUGUCUGAAGGUUUUUCUGUCUGGUCAGUGAUUGUGUAUUGGGGGAAAGAGGCAGUUUAGUUGCUUGUGUACUAGGGUCUUUAUUCUUUAGAGUAAUUGAUGGUACUCUUAGCCCGGUACAUAACAUCCAUGCUCAGAAACUGUUGACAUAUGGACAUUCUUUAAGAGUAUAUACGCCGGCCAGCUUGUUACAGAUAGAA